UCCGGGGCCCGCCGCCCGCCCACGCGCCCGCGCCGGGGAGGGGCCCGGCCUCCGACCCCCGCCGCGCCCGCGCCGAGCCAGGGGCUGGCCCCGAGUGGCCGCGGCGGCCGGACGACAGUCCCUCGCUGCGCCUCAGGCUCCUCCGGGAGACUCUUGCACACACGCCUCCCCUGGAGCCCUCCCAGCCUGCCGCAGCUCUCCCACUCGCUGACCCACCUUUGGGGGGUGCGGGGGAUGAAGUGGAAGUGGGGAGUUCCCCAGCCUUGGUUUCUGAGAGACUGUGAGGGAUGGUCUUUAAAAUUUAUUUGUUUAUUUAUUUAUUUAGCUUUUUGGGUCACACCCGGCGAUGCACAGGGGUUACUCCUGGCUUUGCACUCAGGAAUCACUCCUGUCAGUGCUCGGGGAACCAUAUGGGAUGCUGGAAAUCGAACCUGGGUCGGCGCGUGCAAGGCAAACGCUCUACCCGCUGCACUAUCGCUCCAGCCCCUAAAAAAAAUUUUUUUUGAGUCCCUAAAAAUUUUUUUUUUUUUUUUUUGCUUUUUGGGUCACACCCGGCGAUGCACAGGGGUCACUCCUGGUUCAUGCACUCAGGAAUCACCCCUGGCGGUGCUCAGGGGACCAUAUGGGAUGCUGGGAUUCGAACCCGGGUCGGCCGAGUGCAAGGCAAACGCCCUACCCGCUGUGCUAUCGCUCCAGCCCCCCCUAAAAAUUUUUUUAAUUGAUUUUUAAAACUUGGAUCACAGUGAGAUACACAGUUGGGAGUUGUUCAGGAUAUACUGUUCUAACCAGGCGUGGCCUCUAGGGAGGCACCCUAAGGGUUCAGAAGAGGCAGGGUUAACUGGAGGCGGGCCCCGGGAGGCAGGCCUGGACAUCCCAGCUGGACCUCACAGUUGCACGUCCUGACCAUGGCUGCUGACCCUGUGCCCCGCAGCAUACAGAUGCCCUGUCUGAGCAAGAUGGAGCGCCUGGUCCUGAGCAUGCAGGAUCCCGACCAAGGCGUGAAGAUGCAGAACCAGCGCCUGCUUGUCACCGUGGUGCCCCACACUGUCACCGGCCGAGCGGUGGUGCAGUGGCUGGUCCGGAAGCAUCUCAUAGCAGAGGCAGAGGCCCUGCACCUGGGCUCCCUCCUGCUGCGCCACGGCUACCUAUAUGCACUGUGCCCGCCCUGCAGCCCCCUGCUCCACUCCGAGGCGCUCUACAGGUUCCAGACACCCUAUUUCUGGACAAACACCCUGCGGCCGGUGGCUGACCUGGACUAUGCCAUCUAUCUGGCCAAGAAGAGCAUCCAGAAACGGGGUGCCCUGCUCAGCCAUGAGAAGGAUGCCCGUGACCAGCUGCACAGGAGGCUUGGCUACCUGUGGGACCUGGUGGGCUCCCAGGCCCGGGAGCAGCUGCGGGCCGCCGGACGCCAAAGGAAGGCAGACAGACUGGUGGUCAUGUGCCAGGAGCAGGCCUUCUGGCUGGUGGUCAGGCCCCCGCCCGGGGUCCCGAACGUGCUGGAGCAGGGCCCAGAGCGGGGCCCAGGCAGCAGGCCUGUGUGGAUGACUGAGACUGUGGAUUUCUACAAGCAGGAGAUCCAGCACCUCAGAACAGCCCUGGGCCGGGUCCACGUGAAGUCCUCCAUCUGCCUCGAGGCGUUCCUGCGCUUUAGCUGCCAGCACGGGCCGCAUGACCCCAUCCUGUCAGGGUGCCUGCCCAGCAACCCCUGGGUCACAGGUGAUACCACCUACUGGGCCAUGAAUGCGUCCAGCGUGCCCGUUCCCACCAAGCUCCGAGUGCAGCGCUGGGCCUUCAGUUUCUGGGAGCUCCUGGGGGACCCCAUGGGCCGGGCCCGCUUCAUGGACUUCCUCCAGACAGAGUUCAGUGCCGAGAACCUCAGCUUCUGGGAGGCAUGCGAGGAGCUGCGUCACGGUGGGCAGGCCCAGGUCCCUGCCCUGGUGGACGCCGUGUACCACCAGUUCCUGGCCCCUGGCGCUGCCCGCUGGGUUAACAUCGACAGCCGGACCCUGGAGCGGACCCUGGCAGGGCUGCAGCGGCCCCACCGCCACGUGCUGGACGAUGCGCAGCUGCACGUCUACCUGCUCAUGAAGAAGGACACCUACCCGAGGUUCCUCAAGUCUGAGUUGUACAAAACUCUGCUGGCGGAUGCCGUGGUCCCCCCGGAGACAAAGAGGGUGUUUCCAGUCCUGCUGAAGCCACAACACUCCAGCCCCGGUCCAGCACCCCUGCCUGCUUCUGGGGGUGGUGGUGGGGAGGCCUGAGGGGCCUGGAGUUCCCUGGUCACUGACACCUCCAGCACCUGGCACUUGCACCCAGAGGGCCUGGCACAGUGGCCCACAGUCUGGGGCACUGUUGGGUGCCCACACCUGUCCUUAUCCCUAGAACCUUUGUUAGUGGGGACUCCUGGGAGCAGGACAACAGGAAGCUUCCUUGUCACGUGUGGGAUCCUGCCUCUAGCCCCACUGUCUCAGAAGGAUCCCCCAGCUGUCACUGUGACCUGGUCCUGCACCUCAGGCCCUGUUGUAGAAGGCAGGUGGGGUCCUGGAGAAGGGGCAGCUCCAGUUCCCUCCCCUGGCGCAAAGGUAUAGCUGGUCCUUUGGGGUACAGCUUGGCCUGGCCUAACACAUGCCCCAGCUGCUUUCCCAGUGCUCUGCCUCUGCAAAAAAUAAAACUCCUCUGCCUCUGUGUGCUCCCAUUCUCUGUGGUGACUGUACCUCACACAUGCACAAACGUGCACACAGCAUGAGCACACUGCACAUGUAUGCACAGCAGCACACACAGCACACCUAUUUCUGCCAUCAUCCAUCACAUGCACACUGUGCAGGGUCUACAGGUGUGCAGGUGUACAUGUCUGUAAACAUGUGUCUGCAUGUGUAUCUGUGGCUGUG